CUAGAAGCGGCAGGAGGCGAGGUAUCUCGCGGUUGGUUACUGUCCUCCGUCCCGUGUGAGGGAGGUGGAGGGUCUCAAUUCUUGACUGCUUGGAGCGUCCGCCAUGAGGAGAAGUGAAGUGCUAGCAGAGGAGUCCAUCGUAUGCCUCCAGAAAGCUCUGAGUCACCUUCGGGAAAUAUGGGAAUUAAUUGGGAUUCCAGAGGAACAGCGAUUACAAAGAACCGAGGUUGUGAAGAAGCACAUCAAGGAUCUUCUGGAUAGGAUGAUUGCUGAAGAGGAGAGUCUGAGGGAACGGCUUCUCAAAAGCAUAUCCAUCUGUCAGAAGGAGCUGAGUACCCUGUGCAAUGAGUUGCAAGUGAAGCCAUUUCAGGAAGAAGAAAAAGAGACAACUGUUUUGCAAUUAGAAAAGGAUUUGCGCACUCAAGUAGAAUUUCUGAGAAAACAGAAAAAGGAGAGAAAGCAAGAACUUAAGCUACUCCAAGAACAAGAUCAAGAACUUUGUGACAUUCUUUGUACGCCUGUAUAUGAUGUGGACAGCACUUCUGUCCCCUCCUUAGAAGAGCUGAACCUGUUCCGACAACAUGUGGCAACUUUGAGGGAAACCAAGGAAUCUAGGCACGAGCAGUUUGUUAACAUUAAAAAACAAAUCAUAUUGUGUAUGGAAGAAUUAGAACACACUCCUGACACAAGCUUUGAAAAAGAUGCAGUGUGUGAAGAUGAAAGUGCCUUCUGUCUGUCACUGGAGAACAUUGCAGCCCUGCAGAAGCUGCUGCAGCAGCUGGAAGUUAAAAAAUCAAAAAAUGAAGCAGAGUGUGAAGGGCUCCGUGCUCAGAUCCGAGAGCUCUGGGAUAGGUUACAAGUACCUGAAGAAGAGAGAGAACCUGUGGCUGCAAUUAUGACUGGAUCAAAAGCCAAAGUCAGGAAUGCGCUGCAAUUAGAAGUUGAUCGCUUAGAAGAACUGAAAAUGCAAAACAUAAAGCAAGUGACUGAGACAAUUCGAGUGGAGCUGGCUCAGUUAUGGGACCAGUGUUUUUAUAGCCAAGAACAGAGACAAGCUUUUGCCCCUUACUAUUCUGAGGACUACACAGAAAACCUGCUUCACCUUCAUGAUGCUGAGAUUGUAAGGCUACGAAACUAUUAUGAAGUUCAUAAGGAACUAUUUGAAGGUGUCCAGAAGUGGGAAGAGAGCUGGAAACUCUUCCUGGAGUUUGAGAGAAAAGCUUCAGAUCCAAGCCGGUUUACAAACCGAGGGGGAAAUCUUCUAAAAGAAGAAAAAGAACGAGCAAAGCUCCAGAAAACACUCCCAAAGUUGGAAGAGGAAUUGAAAGCACGGAUUGAAAAGUGGGAACAAGAACAAUCAAUGGCAUUUAUGGUGAAUGGGCAAAAAUUCAUGGAGUAUGUUACACAACAAUGGGAAUUACAUCGGUUGGAGAAAGAAAAUGCCAAACGGGAAAGACAACUAAAGAACAAGAAGCAGACAGAGACAGAGAUGCUCUAUGGCAGUGCUCCCCGGACACCCAGCAAGAGGCCAGGACUGACUCCCAACAAGCCUGGCAAAGUACGCAAGAUGAACACUACCACCCUGUCCAGUGCUACACCCAACAGCAGUAUUCGACCUGCCUUUGGUGGAACAAUGUACCGUUCCCCUGUAUCCCGACUACCUCCUUCUGGCAGCAAGUCAGUAAUCACUUCUAUGUGUUCUGGAAAGAAAACACCUAGAGCUGCCCGCCUCAGGGCCAACAAGGAAAACAUGGAGAUCGAUGGCAGCAUGCUGAGCGGUGGGUACUCCGGCUCGACCCCCCUCCAGCACAACUGCAGCAUUAAGUCUAUUGCCAGCACCUAUUCUGAGUUUUCGAAGGACCCGUCCCUCUCUGACAGCUCCACUGUUGGGCUUCAGCGAGAACUUUCAAAGGCUUCCAGAGCUGAUGCUACUUCUCGAAUCCUCAAUUCAACCAACAUCCAAUCCUGAGACUCCUUGACCAGUUAGCCAGCUGUGGCUUCCUGUGCCUAGCCUGGAAUGACUUAUGCAGGGAAUGACCUAUAGUUUUUCUUCACUUUAAAUGUUUGAAACAACCUUGGGCGGGUUCUGUUAGAUGGACCUAACUUAAGACUUGAGUACAAUAGGUUGAAAACCCUUCAUAGGUGUAGUGGGUCCACAGAGACACCCUCAAAUCUAGUUAUGACUGUUAAGUACCAGAUGUUAAAAUUUGUACUAAGUUUUUUCCUCUACCCCAUAAUUCUACUUAAAGAAUGAUCAAGGGUUUGUCUUACUUAACUACAAUAUUGGAAAGUGAUUGUACCCAGUCAUGGGGUAUGAAUUAGCAAUU